UAAUUAGUAGAAAAUUAUACUACUUCUUUUGAAAAUGCAAAUAAUUUUGUUCACUUAUAAGGAAUAGGAAGUACAUCACAUGCCAUUGUCCAACUUGAAUUGCAACACUUCAGUUUGUCAGAACUCACUAUGGGUGUGAUAUCAUCUCCUUUUCUGUGAUCGCUUUUCAAGAUCGUAAGGUGAUCAGUAGUGUGUGAGUUCUCACAUGGCUUGUCCUGAGAACAUGUUUUUUCUCAUUGUCCUCUUUAUAUCAGGUGAGUCUUACACACAGCGACAACUAGUUAUGAAUCAGACAGAGGAAUAAGUACAAGGGAUGAUGUUUCAUACUAUGAGCUGUAUUCCCAUCUGUCUCAAUGUAGAGAACAGCAUAGUUUAAUAGUCUGGAUUCAAACAUUGUGCUCCAGAUAUGUGCAUGAUCCAGUUUAGGGCAUGGAGUUGUGACAUCAGGAAUCACCUGUACAUUGAAAUGAGUAUAUAUUUUUUUGCUGCAGAGAGAGUGACUGUACUGAAAAGAUCAUAUUACCUCCCUGAUAUUGUCCUUCAUGUUGCAGGUGUUUUGGCCUGUUUUGGCCAACGAAAUUUGAUCACCACAAUGCCAGAUAGACUGGAUGUACUGACUGGCUCCUGUGUGGAAAUCCCAUGUUCAUUUGAUAUUCCUGACCAACAUAAGGAUAAAUUUAACAGCGCAAUACUACUCUCUGGAGUGUGGAUUAAAGAAAACUCAAACUUUCGUGAGCGUCCGGACAAUGUGAUAUUUAACAGUAGUAAGAUGGUCAACAGAUAUCAAGGGAAGAUAACUGGAAACAUGUCCCAGAAGAACUGCACCACAGUCUUCUUCAAUGUAACCACCAAUUACACUAAUAUAUACUUCUUCAGGAUUGAGAGUCAACCAUACCGUUCAACAGAUCCUGAUAAGUCUGUUAAUAUAGUUGUCAGUGAUUUUCCUUCCAGUCCCAUCCUUUCUGUCUCAGGUGAAUUGAAGGAAGGGACCCCUGUCAGUUUGAACUGCUCUGCUAUCACUCCCUGUCCCGAACACCCCCCUGAGCUGACAUGGACUCUCCCAACACAGUUCACAACUGAAAACCAACUGCAGGAGAAUCCAGACCAAACCAAAUCAGUUCUCUCCACGGUGACCUUCACUCCAUCAUACCUUCAUCAUGAGAAGAACAUCACUUGUACUGCAGUCUACCCAGUAGGGACAAGCAACAAGACAGCUGAACAUAACAUGAUGCUUAACGUUUCAUUCUCUCCUAAGGACACCUUGGCCUCCAUCAGUCCAGCUGAUCCAGUAUCAGUGGGCAGCUGUGUUAAUCUGACCUGCAGCAGUACAGCCAACCCUCCUUUGACAAACUUCACCUGGUUCCAGAUCAGUGAGGGUAAAACAACACAGGUAGCAUCUGGACAGAGUUACACCCUCAAUGUGACUGUUGAUGGAGGACUGUACUACUGUGAAGGAAGAAAUAGUCACGGCUGUGGGAAGUCAAAUGAAGUGCAGCUGGCUAUUAAAGAUGGCUGUGUUUUAUUUACAGGGCAUGAAGAGCCUGUUAACCCAAAGGUUUUUGAGAUUGUAGGAAAAACCUUGGGGUUGAUUUUCCUUUUCAGCCUGAUCGUAUUCUUUGCAUGGAGGAGGAGAACAUCUCGACUCCCCAGUGGGUUUGACAUGACAGACCGUUCACAGGGACUGGUGGGAAUGAACUCCCCGGUUGGGACAGUGUGCUCUAACCAGGCCACGGUCGGUAGAGGGAACCAGUAACCACCACUUAACAACCUAGAUGGUCUUUAAGCACAAGUCAAUAAAAGAGGUGCAUGUUAAUUAUUUUUCCAAUGGGUAUGAAGUGUUUUUAUGUACAAUAUUGUCAUUGUGUAUUAGUUUUAAAUUGAUACUUUUGUUACCUUUAUAAUUGUGUACUCUUUGAUUAUCUGCAUAUUUGUAAAAUUUGCUGGGGGAAAAAUGUUUAACUGUAACAAUAAUGGUGAUAUGAUGAUGUAGGCUACUCUUUAUUUUUGACCAUUUAUUUUGAGUGUUGAGUUCACAGAGCAUCUGUUUAAUGGGUUCCAGUAUAGAGGAACUGCUGAGUUCAACUAGCUCACUGAAGGCAGAUUAAGACCAUAUAAAGUCAAUGAUGACUGAGGAGAGAAGAGACAGUUAGUUGGAGAGACAGUGGUCUGAUACAAGACAGGAAGUUGGUGCAGGAAGUCUACAUGAUGGCAGAAUGGUGUUAACAUCUACUAGUCACUGUUUAUCUUCAUCUUUUGUGCAGUUCCCAGAAUAACAAUGUCAUCUACUUUCAGUUUAUAUCUAUUUAGAAGUUAUCGCGUCAGCUUUUAUGUUGAGUGUUAAAUUGAAUAAAUAAUUGUGACUGAAUUUAUUAAGGUUGUUUAUUAAUUGCCCUGCAAUAAAAACCUUUACAUUCAA